AGUGAGAAGAAGCUGCGAAAUUAUAGGUUAUAGUGAGUUUAUGUAGGUCUGCAAUUUGUUUGUCACACAGUAUAUUAAUAUAUAAUUAAUAAUUUCCAUAGACAUAGCCUGUUCUAAAAAUUGUAAUAAAGUUACUAGGGUUAAAACUUAACGCACCUUGUAGGCUACCUUUGCCCAUGUCAAGGAGUUGGACUGGUUUCUUUUGAUGUGACGUAGAAGACAAUGGAGCUGAGAGAGCCAAAACGCAAGCGAGUUGGUGGUCACAUCAAACCGCAGCAACCCUUCCCCAUUAUUAUCGAGAGUGAAAGUGGAAUAAGUGUUGAUAGUGAACUUCACUUCCCAUUGUACGUUGGUAACUUCACUGGCGAUUGUGUCGUCUGCAACCCUGAAGAAGCAAGAUCCUUAUACACUAUGGGUUUCUUCGGCAAAGGAUCUUUCUCCAGAGGGUAUCCAAGUUUUGGAUUGACUACCAAAGGAAUCCCUCCCAUCAUUAAAGAGAGGCAAUGGAAAAGACGCAAGGGUUGGAUGGAAAGCAUGAAGAAUAAUGUUGUAAAGACCUUGCAGCUACAGAGAGAUGAGUCCGUGAAAAAUAACUCGGAAACUGUUCAAAAUAACCAAGAUGUUGAUGAUGAGGACACAAAUAAAAUAGAAGCUGCCAACAGUCAGAAUAGUGUUGAUAACGUAUCUGAGAAUCAGUUGGUGUUAAAUAGUGGAGACCAAGCACAUAAUUUAAAUAGCAAAGUUUUAGUUUUGACUGAUAGUGACGAUGAAGAUCUAGAAAAAGUCAUUCGGAACCCUAAUCCUCAUUUAGAGGAUGAACCGUUCAAAACAUCUGCUGAAACUUUAAAUUUGACGUUGGAAGAGGCGUUCUUUUUAAGUUAUGCUCUCGGAUGUCUUCAUGUCUAUGAUAUUUCAGGACAGUUGUUAAAGCUCAAUCACUUGUGGCAGACUUUUUGUGAGACUAGAUCAGAUUUUAUUGAGAUGUACGUUUCCUAUCAUUACUUCAGAGCCAAAGGUUGGGUCGUCAAAACAGGGUACAAAUUUGGAGGAGACUUUUUGCUGUACAAGCAAGGACCUGCAUUUUAUCAUGCUUCGUUCAUUGUUUUGGUGGAAAAAGUAAAUACCAAACUAGAAAGACAAAAUGAAUCCCUCACUUGGACCAAACUUCAUGGCCUCAACAGGCUUUCAGAAGGCUCUGGAAAAGAUGUUAUUGUUUGCCAAGUCGUGUUUCCUGAUGAUCUCACAUCAGAAGAUUUGAAAACGCCCAAAUCAUUACCAAUGUUCCAAGUAAACGAACUGUUGAUAAAGCGAUGGAUCUCUUCACAAGAAAGGGAAGAUAAAGAGGUUAUCCUGAAUGAUGUGUAAAAAUUAGAUAAAUAAAAAUAC